AUGAUUUUCCUUUAUUCGUCUCUUGUCUUUGUCACUUUCAAUGCCAACGAAAAGCGUUCUUUUCUUACAUUUAGUCUCUGGCACAUUUCAUUGUUUCUGUGUUUAUCUAUAUUAACUGUGUUGUUAAUCAGUGGAGACUUGAAAGUUGUCAAGUCGACGGAUCGAUUCCUUACUAUUGGACCUUACAUAUUAAAUAAAUCUAUCUAUCUAUCUAUCUAUCUAUCUAUCUAUCUAUCUAUCUAUCUAUCAGUUUUUUUUCAUCUCUUUCUUUCUGCCUCUUUCUCUUCACAUCUAUCUAUCUAUCUAUCUAUCUAUCUAUCUAUCUAUCUAUCUCAGUUUGUUAAUCUUUCUAUUUCAGUCUCUUCACAUCUAUCUAUGUCAGUUUGUUCAUCUCUCUCUAUCUCAGUCUCUUCACAUCUAUCUAUCUAUCUAUCUAUCUAUCUAUCUAUCUAUCUAUCUAUUUUUAGUCUCAUCAUUAUCUAUCUAUCUAUCUAUCUAUCUAUCUAUCUAUCUAUCUAUCUAUCUAUCUAUCUAUCUAUUUUCAAUCGCAUCAUUAUCUAUCUAUCUAUCUAUCUAUCUAUCUAUCUAUCUAUCUAUCUAUCUAUCUAUCUAUCCUGA